AUUUUAUGAUUUGAACGGCCCCUCCCCCACAAUGCCCCCACCUCCUCCAUGCUGCUGUUGUUUCAUUUGCGCCAUUUUGUUCGCUCACUUUGGUGAUUGGGCUUCAGAGAGCUGUACUCGGGCCAAUCAGAGGGACACCGGACAGCGAAGAUACGGACUGACGUUAAGUAGCAAUGGAGCAGUACACCACUGCCACCACCACAACUGGGGAGCAGAUAGUCGUGCAGACCAGCAAUGGACAGAUCCAACAGGCGCAGGGUACGGUGACGGCAGUGCAGCUUCAAACCGACGCGCCGGUGGUGACGGCCUCAGGCCAGCAGGUGCAGACACUCCAGGUUCAAGGCCAGCCACUCAUGGUGCAAGUGAGUGGAGGGCAGCUCAUUACGUCAUCAGGGCAACCCAUAAUGGUACAGGCCAUGUCUGGGGGGCAGGGACAGACCAUUAUGCAAGUCCCCGUGUCUGGAACCCAGGGACUGCAACAGAUCCAGCUGCUGCAGCCGGGGCAGAUCCAGCUGCAGGGGGGCCAGACCCUCCAGCUGGGGGGGCAGCAGGGCCAGCCCCAGCAGAUCAUCAUCCAGCAGCCCCAGACCGCCAUCACCGCAGGCCAGAACCAAGUCACCCUCCACCCCUCCUACACACAGGGCCAGCAGAUCAGCGUGCAGGGCCAGCAGGUCGCCCAGACGGCCGACGGACAGACCAUUGUCUACCAGCCCGUGAACGCAGACGGCACCGUCCUGCAACAAGGAAUGAUCACCAUCCCUGCUUCCAGCCUGGCGGGUGCACAGAUCGUACAGGCAGGGGGCGCCAACACCACCACCACAAACAGUGGCCAGGGAACUGUGACCGUCACCCUGCCUGUCUCGGGCAACAUGAUGAAUACAGGGGGCAUGGUCAUGAUGGUUCCUGGGGGUGGGACGGUGCCCACCAUGCAGCGUAUCCCACUGCCGGGGGCUGAGAUGCUGGAGGAGGAGCCUCUGUACGUCAACGCCAAGCAGUACCACCGCAUCCUGAAGCGCCGCCAGGCCCGUGCCAAGCUGGAGGCCGAGGGCAAGAUCCCCAAGGAGCGCAGGAAAUACUUGCACGAGUCUCGCCAUCGCCACGCAAUGCAGAGGAAGCGGGGAGACGGUGGGCGGUUCUUCUCCCCCAAAGAGAAGGAGGAGAUGGCGCUGGCCCUGGCACAGCAGCAGCAGGAGGCGGCCCAGGCAGCAGCAGAUGAGACGGUGGCCCAGAUGAUCCGGGUGUCAUAGACGAGCCAGCAGGCCACCGCGACGCCUCUUUGGUGUGAACACCACCACAUGGCCACCCCGUUGGGAGAGCCCUCACCACAACCCGGCCUGCCCCGCUGCAUCUUCCCAUCCAUGUCGACCCCCUCGCCCUCCAUCUGCCCACACUAUUAUUUUCUCUGUGAACUCCUACGAUGUUCUUCCAGAAAGCUGGCCUGGCCUUAAAGUGUGUGUGUGUGUGUGUGUGUGUGUGUGUGUGUGUGUGUGUGUGUGUGUGUGUGUGUGUGUGUGUGUGUGUGUGUGUGUGUGUGUGUGUGUGUGUGUGUGUGUGUGUGUGUGUGUGUGUGUGUGUGUGUGUGUGUUGGGGUCCACCCUCCAGCCUCCCUCUCAGCCUCAGUGGCUUCUCAGCCGAGGGUCGGGGGUUAUCUCACACUAGGAGCUAUUUAUACAGACGUCAUUCAAAUGUGAAGGUACGCCGCAACCAGCGCUUGAUCCAGCUAACUUUGAUAGCAUAGGCGACCGAGUUCAUACUCAGUACUCAUCAAAGGGCCACAUUUUCAUCGUUUGUUUUGAUUGUUAGUUUUUUUAAAAGCUGGUACAGGAAGUGUAAAAAAAGGUAUGACAUCUGCCCUGAAUAUUUCAACUUUUUUUUUUAUGUAAAGUUUUCAUUUGUAUGAACAAUAAUGUGGGAAAGAAUUACCUUGGUCCACUGAGAAACCAACAUCUAAUAGAACCAUAUUGUAUAUAAUUUCUUCCUUUUUGUGUGCAUCAGUUAUACUUGAUAAGGUGCCCAAUUCUUUGUAUGGGCAUGUCUUUUUAUGACUAUUAAUGUUUCAUCACAUUAUAUCCAUGUAGUUACCUAUAGGUGUUUUUUAUUUAAAUUAUAGAAGCCUUUUUUUUUUUCUCAUCCCAUUCAGUCCCUAAUGAUACUUUUUUUAAAUGAAAAUAAAAACAAAUACCAGAUAA